GUAGCUCCUUGGACUCUGGUUUGUCCGUUUGAAUCCGCAUGAUUUGUGUUAGGAAAAGUUGCACCCUCUGCGAUAGACUUGUCUCGUUCGUUGUUUGCGCGCCCUCCGGGCAACUCACGCGGAGAAAAGAAAACUCGAGGACAUUUAAUUAAACUUAAUGAAGGAUCAUCAUCUUUGGCGAACCCCACGCCCGACGAAGGGAUGCCACGAACUUAGCUGCGCCGGGGCUCUCGCAGUGAUUUGUGAUGGUCGGUGGGUGGUCCCUGACUGGUCAUUAUUUGCGUGAAUCUCCGCCGGACGCAUUCCUUUGGACCGGACCAGAGGGUUGUUUACCCUGGUGAUUAGCUAGCCGCCUACUACGGGUUCUUGAUGAAAACACAUCUCCUCCAUUAUGUGUGCGCUCCUGGGAAAAUCCAUCACUAUCACUCACCCUGGUCUGUGCUGUAAGGAUUAUCAUCUGUCUGGGCAGACCGGCGUUCUAUGCUGCUGUGAGUGAGUGCGAAAGAAGUGCGAUUGAGGAAGAAGACCACAGUGCUCUUUCGGUAAGCAGCAAGCAACAAACAACCGAAAGAAGUGAAUUAAGUAGCUUUCAACGACAAGAGUUUCUGUUGCCAGUGUCAGACCCUUGAAGGAAGUUUCGGCGAACCUUCGGCGGUGAAGAAGUGCGUGGUGCUGGGGUGUAAGUGAAAAAGAGUUGAUCAGUCUGGCGCAGCCAAGAAGAUUGUUCGAAUCAGCAGUGCAGCGCAGUGCGUCUCCCAAAAAGGACAUAGGAACGGGAAAUGACGAGCGAGCGAUCCGAAUUGAAAUCGUACACCCUGCCCUACACCGCCAGUUGUUCGUGAACGAACAAGAGUGAAAGAGUUCCGGUGAUUUUGCUUUAUUUGGUGAAAGGAUUUGCCAGCUGGCGGCGCCGGAGAAUGCUGGUGAAAAUUGUCGUAGGAGUUCUGAGCCGGAUACUGAUCCUGACAGGCAUCUUUCCGCUGCAGCUCAAGCGCAUUCACAUCCCGGCGUACAAGUUCAGAGGUGGCUCCGCCCAACUGGAGUGUGAAUACGAACUAAAAGGAGCACGCGGCCAUUCCGAUGAGCCCUUCCGGGGAAGUCACGCUCGGAAUCGGUACGACAUCUACCGUGACGAUUACUACAACGAUGGCGGCGAUCGCGAUGGGCUCGGAGGCAACCGGGGACCGGAGAAGAUCUACUCCGUCAAGUGGUACAAGGACAACGAGGAGUUCUAUCGGUAUGUGCCGUCCGCCAAUCCACCGAUCAAGAGCUACAAAAUCGAAGGCAUCCGGGUGGACACAGACCAUUCCAAUCAUUCGAAAGUGACGCUGCGGAUGUUGACUCUGAAGUCAUCUGGGUUGUACCGGUGCGAGAUUUCCGCCGAGGCGCCCAGUUUCGACUCGGUCCAGGGUGAAGGUCGGAUGGAUGUGAUAGUUAUCCCCAAAGACGGACCCACCAUCAGUGGUGACAGCGAGCGGGACUCGUACCACAUGGGUGAAACGCUGGAACUCAACUGUACUUCCGGUCGGUCCUACCCGGCCACCACAUUGCAGUGGUACAUCAACGACAAUCCGGUGCUGGAGCCCAGCAUGCUGGUGAGCUAUCCUCGCUUCCAGAAUCCCCAUGGGCUCAUAACCAGUUAUUUGGGGCUCAGCGUGGUGGUGGGACCCCAUCACUACGUGAACGGUGAAAUGCGAAUCAAGUGCAUGGCCAGCAUGUCACCGGUGCUGUGGAGCGGAGGUCAGGAAAGCGUGCUGCAACAUCCCACUUUUGACCAUCGGGAGGCGAUGCUGCUGGUGAGGAGCUUCAGUUGGCAGACACGGAGCAGCAGCCUCCUCCUUCUUGCCACAUUGGCCAUAUCUUUAUUGGUAAUCUCGUGAUAAGUGCAUACGUCAAUCCAAUUUCCCAGAGAAAAGUAGUGAAAUAGCAGCAUCUGAGUUUGAACGAGUGUUGUUUGCGGGUGAGCAUUUAUUAGGUUCGCAACUGUUGCUUGGUAUCGAUAACAAAAAAAACAA